AUGGUCCUCGGCUGGCUGCUGCUGCUUCUGGGGAUGGCUCUGCCCCCGGGCACGACGGGCACCAAGAACUGCAUGUUCUGUGAGCUGACCGACUCCCUGAGCUGCCCCGGCAUCCCCAUGAACUGCGGCAACGAUGAGGACUGCUUCACGGGCCAGGGCACCGCCCCCGGCCUCAGCCCCAUCACCAACAAAGGCUGCAUACAGGCCAGUUCCUGCGGCCAUGAGGAGCCUGUCACCUACCAGGGCGUCACCUACAGCCUCAUCUCCACCUGCUGCUAUGGCAACCUGUGUAACAGGGCCCCAGACCCUGCAGGCGGCUGGCCAGCGGGGACCCCCACCGGCCUGGUGCUGGGUGUGCUGCUGCUCCGCGGGCUGUGA